CUGAUUGACUCUCCAGAUCAUGUUGGAUACUGGACAAUGUUUGAACUGAUCCGUCAGCUGGGAGGCACCAUUUUGCCAUCUGAAAUCUUAGUGCAAUCAAUAUUCCCCCGGCAAGAAGGAACGAUGUUUCUCAGCAUGCCUGGAGGAAAGAAGCAGGAAAGCUGUGCUGUGAUCCUGGAACCCCUAGCCAUGAGCCAAAGACAACUGCAUUGUCCAGUCAAUAUCUUCCUCAAAGGUAGCCUGGCGGGUUGGAGCUUGAUUCCCAAGAAGACUGCUGAAGUUCAGCAAUGCAACCUUGAAGGAGCUGUAGUGGAGAACUCUUCCCAAGACCAUGCUCUUCACCUCCCAGAUGUUGUGAAUAGUGUGUUGAGUAAAAUUGACACAUCAGUGGAAGAUUCUCUGGCCAAAGAAACUCCUAUGCCAGGGUGGGUCCAACGGGAACUGUCCCAUACAGGGGGCUGGCAUCCUUCAGUGCUUGAAGCAUGGUAUCCUGCAUCGAAUGCUUGUGGAGCAAGCUCGGAUCUGAUGGAGUCAUUCAGGCUCCUGCAGGUUUCUUGUGCUAAUGGGAAGGAUGAUGCAGACCAAUCUGAAGUGGAGCUCUCGGAAAGUCUAUCUGAGCUGUACCGGAGAAAAAUCAGUGAAACAUCUGCUGCAUCUGGACCAGGAAAUAACAAAAAGAGACGUGGGGUUCCCCGAACUCCAGUCAGGCAGAAGAUGAAGACCAUGUCCAGAUCCCUGCAGAUGCUCAAUGUAGCGAGACUGAAUGUAAAAGCUCAGAAGUUUCAACCUGAUGGUGUGCCACCAACAGCAAAUGAGAAGGUUCCACAGAAGCUUUCAGCAAAAAGAUUGGAUGAGAAGGUUGAAGAAAAGGAAAAAGCACUUAAAAUAGCAAUAGACUUCAAAACUGAGGAGGAACUGCAGUCCCAUUUAGCUGCAAGCUACCAGAAGGCUGUUGCUGAGGGAGUUCUUUCAUCUGUGUGUGCCCAGAAUAUGAUCGUGGCCAUUAAAAGGUUCUUGAAAGUACAAGAUGCCAAAGAGAAAGAGGUGGCCUGUGUGGAAAGAGUCAGAAACCAUCUCCUCAAGACCAGCAAAAUGCUCAGACAACAGCAUGGCGCUCAGAAGGAGACCAAAGUCAGAGAGUGCCAACUUCAGGUAUUUUUGCACCUUGAGUUAUGUCUUCAGUGCCCUUCACUGCAAAGUAACACUGAUGAAAUGGAGCAGCUGUUAGAAGAGAUGACAGAUAUGCUGCGCAUCUUAUGUCUGACUGAAGACCCAGGGUAUCUUACAAAGUUUCUAGAGGAAAUAUUGGAGCUGUAUAUGAAUUCUAUACCCAAGACCCUUGGAGAUAUUUACUAUGGUCUCGGUAUACAAAUACCCCCGAAGCUGGCAUCUGUUCUGCCUUCAGACUUCUUCAGUGAUGACUCCAUGACUCUGGAUAGCAAAUCUCCAGGCCUUCCACCAUCUUUAUCAUCGGCCUUAACUCCCAGCACUGUUUGCCUACGCACUGAAAGUGAGCAGCUGGAGGAGCUGCGGACCAGAUCUGCCAAAAAGAGAAGGAAUAAUGUAUUAGCCAGACACAGGAGCAUGACAGAAGCACCACAGAACUUGCGUCAAAUUGAGAUUCCCAAGAUAGCCAAGAAUCCCAUCAGAAAGGAGAACUUGCGUUCUUACCUUGCCACUGAGAAGUCUGAACAGGUGCCUUUGUUGCAGAAAGAAGCAGUGCAAGAGGUUACAAAGGUAAGGAGAAACCUCUUCAAUGAAGAGGUACUUUCACCAUCGAAAAGGUCUAUGAAAAAGAUGCCUAGAAGCCAGUCAGUGUCUGCUGUGGAAGGCUUAAGAUACAAAUGCACCGAUGAAGGCACUAAAGAUCAUCGCAAGUUAUUGACCAAGAGAGUUGCGGAAACACCACUACAUAAGCAGGUCUCCAGGAGACUACUACGUAAGCAGAUCAAAGGCCGGUCUUCUGAUCCAGGUUGCGACGCUGGUGUUGUAGAAGAAUCUCCAGAGAAGGCCAUAAAAGCAGGUUUGAGAAGAAGCCCACGCAUCAAACAGCUCUCUUUGAAUAGGACCUGCUCUGGUGUUUUCUAUUCCACUACAAAGCCCAGCUCACAAAAUUCACAGCGCGUCCAUCAGGGACAAGAAGAGGGCUGUACACUGCAGGAUGUAGAAGUUAGUGAUGACUUGGAACAAAGAAUCCUGCUGAGAGAAGAAGAAACAGGGCUGAAGGCUCCAAGUCUUAAGAGACACUCCAGAUUUGCCCUGAAUGCUUCACCUCCUACACCAAAGUCUGCUCCUGCCUAUUCUUUACGCUGCACUGCAGACAGGAGGCAGCGGGAGGCUGCAGCACGGAUGGGAAAUCCUCAACUUUUAGCCAAGCUCUCUACUCCUAAAAGUCGUUGCAAACUGCCUUCUGCUAGCCCACCAACUUACGAAGUUGAACUUGAAAUGCAAGCUUCAGGCCUGCCUAAACUUCGCAUUAAGAAAAUUGGUUCUUGCUCAUUGCUGGAAGUUCAACCUGAAGCAAGUGCCAGCAAACCCAAGGGAGGAGAAAGCCCCUUUGGUGAUCUUGCUAUGACCUGGUGUAGCAAGCACCCGGGAAAACUUGCAGCUGCCUGUGUUUCACCAUCCUGCUUUCGCUCUUUCCACAGUACACCUGGGAAAGGUGGAGGGCAGACCUACAUAUGCCAGUCGUACACCCCAACGAGCUGUGCCUCUAAUACCACCUCCCCGUCCCCCUUAGAAGCAGGAGUUCGUCAGACACCUUCUCCAAAGCAGAAGGGGAAGACUACCCCUGAUGCUAUCAAGGAUUGGCCUCGGAGAAAGAGAGCAGCAGGCUGCACUGGUAAUGCUAGCUUUGCUCAAAGUGAGAAGAAUGCUGAUGAACAGAAGGGAAUGUCAACAGGCAGAGAAGGAGAAAUGAAGAUCUUGGAGCAUUGCAGCAGCAAAGUAACAAAUACUUUUGGGGAAUUUGAGCUGGAAGGGAUUUACAGGCUCCAGGAUCAGGCAUCUCCUAGUGACUCUGAACCCAGGGCUGAUGACUUUGCCAUGGGAACUUUUGGCCUGAAAUCUCGGAAGCGGGUCUUUACAUAUCUAUCGCCAGAAAAGGAGGAGAAUCAUGAUGCCAAGAGAUCUUGCACUGACAGGUGCAACUUGGAUCUCACUGGCUUUCCCGCAGAUGAAGGCAACAGAAGCAAAUCACGGAUGGACUCUAUACUUCCUGAGAAACCAGGAGCAUGUACGCUCAUAACUCUUGAGCAGCACAGUUGUGUGGGGGAUGACGAUGUCUUCCUUCUGCCAGGCUCAACUCCACCAGUGAAGAGUGCGCUCUCAGCUAGCAGCCUUCUAGCGCUGACCCAGUCUCCAUUACUGUGCCAGGGACAGACACCGCCAUCUCGGAGAAAGUGUGUUCAAGAAGAAGAAUCCGAUGCCUUCCAAAUUACUGUCAACCAGGAGCUGUCUCCAUUCCACAUCAUGGCUUCCAGGAAACGUCCCCUUAGCAGGACUUACUCACGGAAAAAGCUGCUCAGCUGA